AUGGCCAUCAAAAGACGACAGACAACCAAAUUAGAGCCCAUCACUCCGGAAUUGAUUCUACAAUAUCCCAAACAAUCUUUCCCUCUCGAGAUUUCCAGCCUGACGGAUAAGCUGCCGGACGGCUUUCGUGAACUAGCAGUUUCUUGCAAGAUUUCUAUCCAGACAAUAAAGCUCCUGCACCAAGUCGCUUUAAGGGUGACCGGAGAACGUCUUGAAGCGCUUCCACACGUCUGGGGCCGGAGCGAGCAAUUCGAAUUGAUGCGCGUCGUGGCCACGGCAAGUGUACCAAAAUUGGAGCGACAAGUCUGCCUUCUGGUCCUCAUUUUUGAACGGUCCUGGCUUGCGACGACUCCCGAUUCCGUCGCACCACGAAGAAUGUAUGGGCGAGUAGGCCAGGUAUUUCGAGACCGCUUGAGAGAAGUGACCCAGAAUAUGGCCGAGCUGGGGACAGACGUGGACAGCGACUUUAUGAUAUGGGCAACAAUGGUCAUUGUGACGGCCACGGAUGAAAGCAAGUUGGGUGAAGAAGAGAGAAAGGAGCUCAUGGCACUGUUGUUCAUGCUAUGUCCGCAGAUGAAGAGUUGGGAUACAGCCAUGGGGUCUCUAAGGAAGUAUUACUGGAGCCAGGCCUUGAUGACUCAGUGGCACUCGGAGUGGCUAGCAGCGAGAUCUUGCAAUAUAUAG